AUGCAUCGUUUCGUAGCGGCCGUGUUACGGUUGGCCGCGGGUCUGCUGGCGAGCUGGUGGAGCCGUACCUGGUUGAAGCUGUCCGCCCCACGGAACACCUGCUCGGUGACGAUCGCACCGGGCAAGCUGCGCGGUCUUACGGUGCGUGACGCUCCGCUUGGCCUACAGUAUCACUGUUUCAAGGGCAUCCGGUAUGCCGAGCCGCCGGUCGGUGAGCUGCGCUUUAAGGCACCGGUACCGCUGCGAGCGUUUCCACAGCCCUGCGUAGACUGUUUCGUCGAGGGCAACCGUUGUCUGCAGUACGAUCAGAUCCUGGGCGUGAUGGUCGGUUCCGAGGAUGGGUUGUUCCUGAACGUGUACACACCGGAGCUUCCGGCCGCUAGGGAUCGAGAGCGUCUUCCCGUAAUGGUGUACAUCCAUGGCGGCGGUUUCAUGUGUGGCAGUGGCAAUGCCUUCCUCUACGAUCCGGUGUACUUCGUGCAACGACGGGCCGUGGUCGUAACGUUCAACUACCGACUCGGGCCACUAGGAUUCCUGGCCUUCCCCGAGGCCGGUGUGUUGGGCAAUGCGGGACUAAAGGAUCAACUGCUGGUGCUGCAGUGGGUCCAACAGAACAUUGGUGCCUUCGGAGGGAAUCCCGAUAAUGUGACCCUGUUUGGUGAGAGUGCCGGUGCCAAGGCAGCCUACCUACACUAUCUGUCACCCGUGUCCAGAAAGUACUUCCACCGAGUGAUCUGCCAGAGCGGUGUCGCGUGCUCGGACUACGCGCUGCAGGUGGAACCAUCCUAUAAGGCACGCCAACUAGCACAGUGUUUAGGUUACCGCGGAUCAUCCGACGCCGAAGCACUCGCGACGCUGAUGAGGGCACCGGCCAAGCAAUUGAUCAAACAUCAGCUACAAACACUGACUGCGACCGAGCGCCAGCAGGAGCUACAGUUUCCGUUCCGGCCAGUAGUCGAAGCUAGUGACCUCCCUGGGGCACUCGUUACUCAGCAUCCGCUGGAUGCGCUGCGUGCUCCGCUCGAUCCACCGAUACCGAUCAUCACGGGUUGCAACAGUGGCGAAGGAAUCGUAGCCCUCGUCCACGCCAAGGCGCAUCUGAACGAGUACAACCUUGCCCCGGAUCGAUUGCUUCCGACGAGCCUGCAUCUAACCGGACCGGAAGCAUCCCGGAGCGCUGUGGGGGAGCUGGUGAAACAUUUCUACUUCGGCGAUCGACCCAUUGGCCGUGGAACGCUACCGGAGCUGAUGGACGUCCUGUCCGACAAUGAGUAUCUUACGGCGACCGUUACGGCGGCCGAGCUGCUGGCCCGUUAUCAGCCACUGGUGGCGCACUACUGUUACUACUUCACGUUCGACGGCCGAUACGGCAACACGAAGCAGCUGCUAAACAUGUCGAGUGUCCCGGGCGUUUGCCACGGGGACGACGUGUUCUACAUGUUCCGAUCGGCACUGAACGUUGGGCUUGACGAGGAUGCGGACGAGAACCGGGUCCGGGAUUCGUUCGUCACCAUGUGGACUGAGUUUGCACGCCACGGUCAACCGGCACCGUCCUGGAAACCCGUGGAACCGUGUGGGAACGGAGCGUUCCGGUUGCAGUGUUUACGCAUCGAUCGCACGCUAACGAUGGUGCCGAAUCCGAUCGAGGAGCGGAGCCGUUUCUGGAGGAAUCUCUUCCACAAACAUGGAUACGCUUCUCGGCGGCUUUCUGUGCUGAUACGCCUGUGGCCGCCGGCCGUACGGCCCGUGGUGACGGUGAAGCAGGGUAAGUUGCGUGGCGUCACCUCGACGCUCCCGAACGGGGCCCAGUACCACUACUUUAAGGGCGUUCCGUACGCGGAACCGCCGGUCGGCAGGCUACGCUUUCGGCCACCGGUACCUCUGGAGCGGUUCCGCAAACCGAUCGUCGACUGCUACGCCGAGCGGGCCGAUGCGGUACAGAAAGACUUCUUCUCCGACCGUGCCAGUGGCUCGGAAUCUUGCCUGUACCUUAACGUGUACAGUCCGCGGUUGCCGGGGGAAGCUGAUGCCACCGAGGGAGUGCCUCGGGCACCGGUGAUGGUGUACAUUCACGGUGGUGGCUUCAUGAACGGAUCCGGCAGCAGUUUCUUCUACAAUCCGGACCUUUUCGUCGAGCAGGGCGUGCUGGUGGUGACGAUCAACUAUCGACUCGGACCGUUCGGGUUCCUCUGUCUGCCCGGAGCCGGCAUUCCCGGCAAUGCGGGCCUCAAGGAUCAGUUGUUGGCGCUUCGUUGGGUGCACGAAAAUGUAGCCCAGUUUGGUGGCGAUCCGGACAAUGUGACGUUGUUUGGGGAAAGUGCCGGGAGCAUGUCUUCGUACCUGCACUACCUAUCGCCCAACUCACGGAAAUACUUCCAUCGGGUGAUCUGCCAGAGUGGUGUCGCCUGUUCGGACUCGUUCUUCCAGGUGGAACCGCUGGAGAAGGCACGCAAACUGGCCCGUUUCUUCGGCUACACCGGUGACAGUGACGAGGGCGCACUAGAAACACUGGAGAAGGUACCGGCCAAGCUAGUGGCGAAACACCAGAAUGAAGUGAUCAGCGAAGCGGAGAAGCAGCUCGCACUCAUCUUCAUCUUCCGGCCGGUGGUCGAGGAGCAGGAGACGGACGACAGCAUCAUUACGCAGCAUCCGCAGCAGAUUCUGAAAGCAUACGACGCCCUGCGUAUGCCGCUGCUCGAGGGCUGCAACAGUGGCGAAGGGAUACUGGCGCUGCGGACACUACGCUCCCGGUGGCCAUCGUUCCUCACGUCACCGGAACGCCUGGUACCGGUGCUACUGGCCAGCAACGCGCAAAACCUUGACCGCGCGCAGGUCGGCAAGGAGAUCAAACGGUUCUACUUUGGCGAUGGACCCGUGAAGCCGGAUCGAGUGAUCGAUCGCAUGUGCGAGCUGCUGUCGGACAACACGUUCAUCACCAACUCGGUCACCAGUGCCGAAUGGUUGGCCAAGUACCAGCCGAAUGUCCAGCACUUCCACUACCGCUUCACGUACGACGGUCGGUUCAGUUUGUUGAAGAGACUCUUUCAACUCUCGCACGUCACCGGCGCUUGCCACGGGGACGAUCUAAUGUACAUGUUCAACACAUGCUUCCUGCCAACACUUCGACCCGACAGUGACGAGUAUCGGAUGCGCCGGAUAAUGAUCGCCCUUUGGACGAGUUUCGCCAAGCACGGUGAUCCGUCGGUGGGUCCUUCCGCUGAGCUGGUGCCGGAAAAGUGGCUCCCGGUGAAGAAGAUCGCUCGCGACGCCACCGACUUCGAGCUGGACUGUUUCGAGCUCAACACGGUUCCACGGAUGGUGCGUAAUCCGGGCGAUGGGCGGAUACAGCUGUGGCGUCGAUUGCUUCGCCAAUACCGUCCCGAUUUCCUUCGCUCGCUGGUGGACGUUCCGGUCAGGUGUGAGUUGCUCGAGGCGAUGGAGUGGACGAACCUGUGGCACUUUCUGGUGACACUGUUACGGCUGGUGGGUGGCACCGUUUCAUUCUUCGUACGACACCGGUUGCAGCACCACUGGCCACCGGCCCUCCGGCCACUGGUGACCGUGAGGCAGGGGAAGGUACGUGGCGUUACUUCGACCCUGCCGAACGGCGAGCGUUACCACGGCUUCAAAGGCAUCCCGUACGCGACGGCCCCGAUCGGUGAGCUGCGGUUCCGGGCUCCGGUUCCGCUCGGCAGCUUCCGGACCCCGGUCGUGGACUGUGGCAUCGAGCGCACCGACUGCGUGCAGCUCGAUUUCUUCUCCGGCAUCGUGUUCGGUGCCGAAAGUGGCCUGUAUCUGAACGUCUACACGCCCCAGCUUCCCGAUGGCGAUCGCCACUGCCGGCUGCUGCCCGUUAUGGUGUUUCUGCACGGUGGCGGCUUCGCCUGCGGCACUGGAAGCAGCUUCUUCUACACCCCGGAGUCACUGCUGCAGCGUGGCGUACUCGUGGUCACGCUCAACUACCGUCUGGGGCCGUUCGGGUUCCUUCACCUACCGGAGGCUGGCAUCGAGGGAAAUGCCGGGCUGAAAGAUCAGCUGAUGGCGCUUCGCUGGGUCCAUGAAAAUAUCUCCCAGUUCGGGGGCGAUCCUCACUGCGUCACUCUGUUCGGGGAAAGUGCCGGCAGCUUCUCGUCCUAUCUGCACCUGCUUUCGCCCAACUCACGAAAAUACUUCCACCGGGUGAUCUGCCAAAGCGGAGUCGUCUGCUCGAACGCCUUCAUGCAGCAGGACGGUGUGCAAAUGGCGUUAAACUUGGCGCACUAUUUCGGCUAUGUCGGGACCAGCCAACAGGGAGCACUCGAAACGCUGCUGAAGGUGCCGGCCAAAGCGCUCGCAAGACAUCAACGGAAGGCACUGGGCAACGGGAAUAAGAGCCCUGAUCUGGUGUUCGUCUUCCUGCCGGUUGUGGAACGCACGCAGACGGAGGACAGCAUAAUCACGGAGGAACCGGAGCGGAUCCUGAAGACCUACGACACCCUGCGAGUGCCUCUGCUCGAGGGUUGCAACGAUGCCGAGGGAAUCCUGGGGCUGCACAUCAUGCGCAACCGGCUCAACGGUAUCGGCCAGCUUCCGUACCGUUUCGCGGACAAGAUGUUCCACUCGCUGCCGCCAGCGCAACGGCUGGCGAUUGGCGACAGGAUCAAACGGUUCUACUUUGCAGAUCAACCAGUGGUCAAGUGGAGCACCGAUCAGUUGAAGCAUCUGCUGACGGACACGAUCUUCAUGACCGAUUCCAGUGUCAACGCCGAGUGGCUGGCCAAGUACCAGCCAAAUAUGGCCCAUUACCAUUAUCGCUUUACGUACGACGGACGGUUCAGUUUGUUGAAACGACUGUUCCGCAACAGCACCGUCGCCGGCGCCUGCCACGGGGACGAUGUGUUUUAUGUGUUCAACUCCCGGUGUCUGCCUAGUCUACCGGCGAACUGUGAUGAGCAUCGAGUCCGGGACAACCUGGUGGCUCUCUGGACCAGCUUCGCCCGGCACGGUGACCCAUCGCGCGACGUGCUGGACAUCCCGUGGGAACCGGUGCGUAAAGUGUCCGCGAACGCCCCGGAUUUUCAACUGGACUGUCUGGAGAUUAAUGUACGGCCGGUGAUGGUGCAGGACCCGUGCAGAGAGCGCCGACUCUUUUGGCGCACUUUGUUCGAGGACAAUCUGAAGGGAUACUUUUGAUGGAUCGUGCCACAAAGGAUUCAACUGAGAUUUGAGUAGAUUCAGACAGAA